AGCAAUGCACUGACGGGGAUGACAGCGCCUCUCCCUCUUCCUCCUGCUCCGUUGCCGGGGCAACACACAGAGAGCGUCGGCUGCUCUGUGACAGAAUGGAGAGGAAGAUGGAGGAAAACACUGUAAGAGACGUCGAGACUGGCAGUGAAACUGGAGGAGAGGAUGCCUUGGUAGGGAAUGUGAACAAACUGACGGUGAGCCCACCAGGACACUCAGGAGCUCUGCGAAAAGGACAUCUGGUUUUUGAUGCUUGCUUUGAGAGUGGGAACCUUGGCCGUGUUGACUACAUCAGUGAGUUUGAGUUUGACCUCUUCAUCCGGCCUGACACCUGCAACCCGCGCUUUAGAGUCUGGUUCAACUUCACAGUGGAGAACGUCCGUGAGACACAGAGAGUCAUUUUCAAUGUGGUCAACUUCUCCAAGACCAAGAGCCUGUACAGAGAUGGCAUGUCUCCUGUGGUGAAGUCUACCAGCAGGCCAAAAUGGCAGAGGCUUCCAGCCAAAAACGUGUACUACUACCGUUGUCCUGACCACCGCCGCAACUAUGUAAUGUCCUUCGCCUUCUGUUUUGACCGAGAGGAUGAUGUAUACCAAUUUGCUUACUGCUACCCCUACACCUACUCCAGACUGCAGCACUAUCUGGCCAGCCUGGAGCGCAGGAACCUGCCCUACCUGAAGAGGGAGCAACUGGGACUCAGUGUGCAACAACGGCAUCUAGACCUGUUAACCAUCACCAACUCUGACCACCUGAGUCCAGAGAGGGAGAAGAAAUUGGUCUUUCUUACAUCUCGCGUUCACCCUGGAGAGUCUCCUGCCUCCUUUGUCUGUCAAGGUGUGAUUGACUUCCUGGUGAGCCAGCAUCCUGUGGCUCAGAUCCUGAGAGAUCAUGUGAUCUUCAAGAUUGUCCCCAUGCUAAAUCCUGAUGGGGUCUACCUGGGCAACUACAGGUGCUCUCUGAUGGGCUUCGACUUGAAUCGCCACUGGCAGGAUCCCUCUCCUUGGGCCCACCCCACGCUGCACGCUGUCAAACAACUCAUAGUGCAGAUGAACCAAGACCCAAGGGUGAGUUUGGAGUUCUACAUUGAUGUUCAUGCCCACUCCACCAUGCUGAAUGGCUUCAUGUACGGCAAUGUGUUUGAGGACGAGGAGCGUGUCCAGAGACAGGCUGUCUUCCCCAGACUGCUGUGCCAAAAUGCACCCGACUUCUCCUUCUCCAACACGUCCUUUAACCGGGAUGUGGUGAAGGCCGGUACAGGUAGACGUUUCCUUGGUGGUCUUCUUGACGACACGUCCUACUGCUACACUCUGGAGGUGUCCUUCUACAGCUACAUGACAGCUGGCAGCAACGCGCCUGUACCCUACACUGAGGAGACAUACAUGAAACUGGGCAGGAAUGUGGCUCGUACCUUCCUGGAUUACUACAAACUCAACAACCUUAUCAAGGACAACAGACCAACUCACAUCGAAAGUUCUGAGGUGAUGCCCCAGACAGGCAAUGGAAAAGGCAUUGGCGCUGGCAGAGACGCAGUGGACAGAGAGAGGGAGAAAAGCCAGGGUGUCAGGCACUAGACAGAAAGACGGACAGACGGACACAGACUGAGCAUGUAUAAAAUGCAGAGCACCGUGGCAGGAGGAUCCUUCACACUUCAUUGCCUUUAGAAGCUCCACAUCUCCAUGGUUAUAAAGACUUAUUCACAGAUUUGUAACAGUGGGGUGACUGGUACUUGAAGGACUAAAAUCAGAGCAAGUUUCCUCCUGGGUUAUUUAGUGGCUAUAAAAUGUGGACUAUUGAAUGGCAAGGGAAGACAGACUGGUUACUCAUCUUUAUUCCAGCGCCAUCUUUGUGUUCAUUGGUUGUAAAUAAAUGCAUGCUUCCUUGCAUGACUUGGAUGAUGUUAUUAUCUCUGUUGGUAUUAUUAUUAGUCAUUAAACAUUUAAUCACUUAA